ACACAGAUCUAACCCAAUGCAAUAUUUUCCCUCCCCUUCGCCCUCUCGGUUUCGUUCACAACCAAAGCUUCGCGAUACAGUCGGCAUUAGAGCUGGCUGAAAAGGUAACGAAGGGAUCGCGGAUUACAGAGACCACCGAAACCACCAUAUUUCUCAUCCUUCCGCUCCGCUCCUACAAGAAACCAUCGGAGAAGGGAAGCCUGUUCGCGCCAUUCUUCCUCUUCGCUCUUCCCGGCGCGAUUCUGAAUGGUAUGGUCCGAUUCUCCGCUCCGCAGGCAAGGGUUAAUCGCCUUAGGCACCGCCGCGUCUAGUAAGUUGAAUUCAACGGCUGGAUUGACAUCGGUGGACGCAUCAAUGGCAAAAGAUAGAUAAUUCAGAAGUGGUACAUAGUUUUGCCGAUAAAGAGGGGGGAGAAAGAUGUGCGGGAUCUUUGCGUACCUGAACUACAAUGUGGCGAGGGAGAGGCGAUACAUCUUGGAGGUCUUGUUCAACGGGCUGAGGCGGCUCGAAUACCGCGGGUAUGACUCGUCGGGAAUCGCGAUCGACAACGAUAGUUCCUUUGCGGCCGGGGAGGGCCAGCGGCCCAACGCAUCGGCGUUGCCGCUCGUUUUCCGGCGGGAGGGCAAGAUCGAGUCGCUUGUCAGAUCUGUUUACUCCGACGUGGAUACUUUGGGAUUAGACUUAGAGAAGUCAUUUAUGGUUCAUGCCGGGAUUGCCCACACAAGAUGGGCCACUCAUGGCAUACCUUCUCCCAGGAACAGCCAUCCACAAUCAUCGGGAUCAGGGGAUGAGUUCUUGGUUGUCCAUAAUGGCAUUAUAACAAAUUAUGAGGUUUUGAAGGAGACAUUAAUUCGACAUGGUUUUACCUUUGAAUCAGAUACUGAUACUGAAGUUAUACCUAAGCUAGCCAAAUUUGUUUUCGAUCAAGCCAGUGAAGGAGAUCAGGCUGUCACUUUCAGCCAAGUUGUCAUAGAAGUUAUCAGACAGCUUGAAGGUGCAUAUGCCCUUAUAUUUAAAAGUUCGCACUACCCAAAUGAGCUAAUUGCAUGCAGUCAUGGUAGCCCCUUAAUUCUUGGUGUGAAGAGUCUAACUGGUGAAAAGAACUAUGCGGCAUCCUUUGGUGAUGUUAAAUCCCUCACAGCUGAUGGUCAGCCCAAGGAGCUAUUUUUCUCUAGUGACUUGUGUGCAAUUGUGGAACACACCAAAAACUAUUUGGCUAUUGAGGAUAAUGAGGUGGUGCAUCUUAAGGAUGGAAGUGUCUCAAUCCUGAAGUUUGACCACAGCAAGGAAAAGCCAGCAUCCGUGCAGCGUGCAUUAUCUGUUCUUGAGAUGGAGGUUGAACAAAUAAAAAAAGGAAAUUAUGAUCAUUUCAUGCAAAAAGAGAUUCACGAGCAACCCCAUUCUUUAACCACCACAAUGAGGGGAAGACUUAGGGAUAAAAGCGUUGUUUUGGGAGGUCUCAAGGAUCACCUCAAGACAAUCAGGCAUAGCCGGAGGAUUAUAUUCGUUGGUUGUGGUACCAGCUAUAAUGCAGCUUUGGCUGCAAGACCCUUUCUGGAAGAACUCUCAGGAAUCCCUGUCACAAUGGAGCUGGCCAGUGAUUUGCUGGACCGUAAAGGCCGAAUUUACCGAGAGGACACUGCAGUAUUUGUUAGUCAAUCUGGAGAGACUGCCGAUACUCUUCUUGCGCUCGAGUAUGCCCUAUCAAAUGGGGCACUGUGCGUCGGCAUAACGAAUACUGUUGGCAGUACGCUGGCGAGGAAAACACACUGUGGGGUCCACAUAAAUGCUGGCUGCGAGAUCGGUGUUGCUAGCACGAAAGCAUACACCAGUCAAAUUGUUGUGAUGGCCAUUAUGGCUCUGGCUAUUGGAGCUGACAGUAUAUCCACACAGCCUAGAAGAGAAUCCAUUAUAAAUAGUCUGUCUGAUCUACCAGACAAGGUUAGAGAGGUUCUAAGGCUUGAUGAAGAAAUGAAAGAGCUUGCCAAGUCACUGAUGGAAAUGCAGUCACUACUUGUGUUUGGAAGAGGUUAUAAUUAUGCUACUGCUCUUGAGGGUGCUUUGAAGGUAAAAGAAGUGGCACUCAUGCACAGUGAAGGCCUGCUGGCUGGUGAAAUGAAACAUGGGCCUUUGGCGCUUGUGGACGAAACUCUUCCAAUUAUAGUUAUUGCCACUCGAGAUGCAUGUUUCAGCCAACAGCAAUCAGUAAUUCAACAACUUUAUGCCCGCAAAGGCCGUCUCAUAGUAAUGUGUUCCAAGGGAGACGCCGCAUCUGUAUGUUCUGGCGGUUCUUGUCGCUUAAUUGAAGUUCCUUUGGUUGCUGAUUGCCUCCAACCAGUAAUUAAUAUAAUUCCACUGCAGUUGCUGGCUUACCAUCUAACAGUGUUGCGAGGAUAUGAUGUUGAUCAACCAAGGAACCUUGCCAAGAGUGUUACCACGCAAUGAGUAAUAAAUCCAGAACUUCUCGGUUGUCUUAUUUUGUAGGAUUUUACUUGGUUUUUUAGUUUUUCUUCUUAUGCUAGAUAAUAAUGUCGGUUUUCUGUUUGAGUAUUUAUUUCAUGGCGUGUUAAGUGUGAACUUCCUGAGCGAGUGAUUUGCUUUUGAUGUAGACCGGUUCUGAGAUUAAUGGUAGGGUAGAAUUCUCUCUUCUACUUGUCUAUUUUUGUAUAAAGUCAAAUAAAUAAAUAAAUCGAAUCUCGUGCAAGACAUUAGCAUCUUUUUUGAAGUUAUGUUUA